AUGUCAGAUGUAGGAGAUUGGUACCGAAGCGUACCUCGCUUCACAAGAAUGUGGUUCACUGGCACCGUAGUCCUAUCACUUUUAGGCCGUUUCGGCCUGCUGAACCCACUCAAUCUUAUUCUGCUAUAUCCGCAAAUAAAACAGUUUCAAAUAUGGAGGUUUGUCACUUGUGUACUGUAUUACCCUUUGACACCACAAACAGGGUUCCAUUAUUUGAUUAAUUUGUAUUUUUUGUAUAAUUAUUCGAGGCGAUUAGAGACAGGCCAUUUCCUAGGAAAACCAGCAGAUUAUGCAUUUUUGCUUAUGUUCAAUUGGAUAUGUUGUGUUAUUAUUGGGUUGGUUGCUGAAAUGCCGAUUCUAAUGGACCCAAUGGUCUUGUCAGUACUCUACAUUUGGUGCCAACUGAACAAAGAGGUAAUAGUAAACUUCUGGUUUGGUACCAGUUUCAAAGCGAUUUAUUUGCCUUGGGUACUGCUGGGAUUCAAUCUAGUCAUGUCUGGUGGCGGAGUGAUGGAGCUAAUAGGAAUCCUCAUAGGCCAUUUAUACUUUUUCUUGGCGUUUAAGUAUCCCCAGGAAUUAGGCGGACCAUCUUUACUUGCCACACCGGGCUUUUUGAAAAACUUUUUUCCAGAUGAAAUUGAAAGAACUGUCCACGGGUUUGGACAGGUCCCAGAAAGAGCUCCAGGGGUUCCUGGAAGAAGAGGGUUUGGCCAUAAUUGGGGACAAGGGAAUGUUUUGGGAGGCAAUUAG